AGCCACAACUGAACGUGACAGUGAGGCAUGCGAUCAAAGUGCACAGCUGCGUGCGCGACAAAUGGCUGCUGUUCUGCUGUCGUUCGGCGGCCGACAAGUCGCGCUGGCUGGACGCGUUUGCGCAGGAGCGACGUCUUGUGGCGCAGGACGCACAGGAUGGACUUGAAUUCGCGCCCGCCGCACGCCAGUUGGCGCGACUCGCCGCUGCCCGCUGCUACCGCAUGCCGCCUACUAAGCCGCGUGGCAAAAGCUACAAGCGCGGUAACAGCGUUAAUAUGGCGGCAUUGGGCGCGCGGCCUCCCUCUAAUGGCGUCAAUGGUGGCGGAGGAGGAGGGGCGUCCCUUGGACGUCGCGUCGGCACGUGGUUCACAUUUGGCGCCAACAAGAAAACGCGCGCACUAGGAAGAGCGGCAACACUGCAAACGGUGCAUCCGUCAUGAGAGCAGGUGAUCGUCACAGCCAAGGGUUGGGUGUGACGAGACCUCUAUGAUAUAUCAUAAGUAUUUGUCAUAAUAGUUUAUUACUACUAUUGAACUUGUCAUAGUGGUUUGAUACUACUAUUUUAUUACAUUGUAAUAGUGAUAUUAUUACUAUAUUCUUCAAAGGAUUGGAUGUGUCGACCAUAAUCUCAUCGAUUUAUCAUAAAUAAUUUAUGAUAAUAAGUCUAGAAUUCCUCAUAAAUACUUUGUUAGUACCACGGUAUUUAAAUGAAAACGGUAGGGGUCAUUAAAUGUGUGCGCAGUGGCCAGCGUCAUCGCCACCAACCGAGGUUUUUAACACCUAUUGGCAAUUUAUGAAACUUAUUUGUUAAAAAACAGAUGUUUGGAUAUAAAAUGACGUCAGCUACACCGGAAAUUUAGCACAACAUGCGCGUGACACCUACCGUCUUCUUUUAUAUACCGUGGUUAGUACUACUAUUGAAUUUGUAGUAAUUGUUACUAUUAUUGUAUUAUAUUGUAAUGCAGUAGUACAUUGUUAUAUUUUACAGAGAUUUGAGUAUGAAGACUUGUCUGUUAGGUGUGAUAACCUAUAAAAAUAUUACUUUUGGUGUGACGACCAGAAUCUCAUGAAUUUAUUACCUAUGAUAACAUUAUCAUGUUAUAAUUGUUACUGUAUAAUAUUUUAUUGUGUUGUAAUGUAGCCGAUGAUUGCAAUGAUUUUUUUAAUUCUAGAAACCUCAUUAAAAGUGUCGACGACGGUGAAAAGUCAUGACAAGUAAAAUUGGAAUGGAAAAAUAGAAGCCCUUUGACAGUCGGUUACGAGGCAUCUACUUUCCCAGUUCAAUUUUACUUGUCAAGAAUUUUGACUGUCGUCGACACUUUUGAAUUUUUAAACAAUUGGGUCUUUCGGACUGUUAAAAUGCAUGGAAAAUAAUCGGCUACACUACAGUAUUAUCUUGGAUGAUUAAUAAUAUUAUUACUAUAUUUACCAAAAGGUGAAUUGGCAACCUCAUUUUAGGUUGAGACCGUGGUGAUCUAUCAUGACAUCCUUAUUUUAAUUAUCCGGACCAGAAUCUCAUGAAUUUAUCAUAUUAUUUUUGAUGAUAUCUUAAGAAUUUUUUCACUUUUUGUGUAGUUGAUAAGUUGAU